GAAUUAAUCUUCAAAGUCAGCGCCAGAUUCAAUUUCAAAUGACUUCCAAAUGGCCCGCUACAUCAUUCCUUCUGUGACCAUAUCAGCAAUAUAUGGAGUGUAUAAAUCAUAUUGGCCAGAUCAAAAUGACAAAAAGAUAAUUCUUUCUGUAGAUGACGCUGUCAAACUACUAAAUGUCAAUACAAACACAUCGGAGGCUCUGCGGUUCAUUCAACACACAGAGAGCAAGGAAUUCCUCAAGUCGUUAAAUCCAGCGGCAGUAGCUUUAUUGGCAAGAUCUGGCUCAGAGCUUUGUAUGAAAAUUCCAAUAAAGUCUUGCCUAGAUCAAAAGUUGGAUGUCACAGAAGCAUUAAGAAAAUUUAACCUCGGCGACAAAUGGAAUAGCAGCAUAGAAUGGAUAAAUCGAGUUGCCUGUCCGGAAGAAGAUUUGUCUUGCUCCGAUGAGUGGCUCGUGCGGCUUCCAAGUCAAAUUGAGAGGCUACGGAGAAUGUUACAGUUGCUGUAUUUAACUACAGAGAAAACAUUUGAUGUCUCUGCAAUCGACGUCGACGUUGUCCCGUUCCUUUUCAAUGUCUACGCAGAGUUCUACCAUUCAAACGUGGAUAUCGCCGUGCUCGCCAUCAAAAUUCUAGCCAACAUUGUUGGAGAGGAUGAAAAGUACGCAAAAUCAAUGCUCGACUCCGAAUGGCUACCACUGAUAAGUACGAUGGUCACCAAUGGAAAAAGUUUGAUGGAACGACUGUUAUCGCAUAAAGUAUGUCAAAAUGCGCUGAGCUCAUUGAGAUCCAUCAAUUAUCGGCUAUCAUCAGAUGUUUACGAGAUGUAUUUACCGGAUGAAGAACCCGAGAUAGAUAUAGUUCUAAUUCACGGACUGCGUGGCAGUGUGGCCUACACCUGGAGGCAGAAAGAUUCCGAUGAAAACCUCCUCUCGUCUUGUUGGCCCAAAGAUUGGCUUCCGUUGGAUAUCAAAAAGCCUUUCCGGAUAAUUGGACUAGAAUAUCCUUCAUACAUCUUCCAUUUUACCGGAACGCAACAGAGCUUACAGACCCGAUCCGAAAGGUUCAAGGAGCAACUGGAAAUAGCUGGAAUAGGAAAACGGCCUGUCCUUUUUAUUUGCCACUCUAUGGGAGGUCUUCUCGCCAAAAAGCUGCUUAUCGACUCAACCAAUCUUCUUAAAAACACUGUUGGAGUGUUGUUCAUUGCGACACCACACAAGGGAAGUCCUGUCGCAAACUGGGGAUAUUCAGUGUUUCAACCAACUGAAGACGUACGGAUGCUCAAUGAGAAUAAUGCGAUUAAUAGAAAACUGAACGAAGAUUUUUCGGCAGUGAGCAAGGAGAUUCCGGUUAUUGUUAGUAUGGUGGAGACCGUGGAGUCGAAUAUUAUUGCCAACGCCAAGAGCAUCGUCGUUCCCAACAAAUCGGCAGUAUUUGAGCAAGGAGCCGUGUAUCAUAUUGCGGAUGUCCAUCUGAAUCUGUGCAAGCCCACCCGGGACAGCGCUUCUUAUGGAGUCAUUAUCAAUUUUUUGCAGGACUGCCUGCGCGAAAGUGACAAGCGGAAAAAACUUUAGCUUUUGUAUAGUUUUUGUACAUAUUUUGUAGAUUUUUUUGUGUUGUGAGAGUUACUACUUUGUAUCCCUGUUCCGUCAUCGAAAAUUCCUUUGAACGAGCCAUCAAUUUUGAGAAAAUUUUACGGUUUCCCGAUAUCAUGUUUUAGGAAAUUUUUUUUUACUUUUCUUUCCUUGUUUCUGACUUUUUCUGACCUUUUUCUGCAUAAAUAUUUGGUUUUUC